AACUUAUCUGUCACCAAGUAGAAUGCACAAAAACAAUAUUAUUUAGUCAAAAUCGGGCAUUAGUAUUAGUGAAGUUAAUAAAAAAACAAGCAACGAAUCGAAUUCGUAAAACAUGAAAAAGACAUUAGUAUUGUUUCUCUUCCUCUGGAAGAAUGACGUUUGGUGCGACGGGGGCAUUUUACAACCAAGACCCUCCGAAACAAGGGAACAGUUUAGUUUGGAUGGUUUAUGGUAUUUUACGACGAAUAAAGACUCCAUCAGCAAUAUUGAACUGGCAUCAGAUUUAGACAUAAAUUUGAUGCCAGUACCUUCCAGUUAUAACGACAUAACUACAAAUCCUAACCUGCGCGACCAUGUUGGAUCCGUUUGGUAUAACAGGAAAUUUUUCGUGCCUGACUCCUGGCAAAAUAAGAGGGUGUGGAUCAGAUUUGGUUCUGUUUGCUACAGUGCCGAUGUGGUGAUCAAUGGGAUACUUGUCGUUCACCACGAAGUUGGUCAUUACCCAUUUGUUGCUGACGUCUCUUCGGUCUUAAAUUACGGAUUGGAAAAUAAUAUAACGGUGACCGUAGAUAAUACGCCUUCUUCCACGACCAUACCACAAGGAGGUGUCGAAACUUUAAUAACGAAUAGAAAAAAAUUGACAUACACAUAUGAUUAUUUCAACUACGCUGGUAUAGAUAGAUCAGUAGUGCUUUACACCACUAAUCAAAUCUAUAUCGAUGACGUUAAAGUUCUUACAGCCAUUAGUAACGCAACUUCAGCCACUGUCACUUACAAUGUUACGAUAGUUGGGAACAGCUCUCCUAUUUCGAUUAAGUUGAAGAUAUUGGAUAAGGCAGGAAAAACAGUGGCGUCUGAUGAAUCUCAAGAGAGCUAUGGUAAUUUGACGAUACCAGAGGUAAAGCUUUGGUGGCCUCACCUAAUGGAUCCUGCCCCAGGAUAUCUCUACUCUCUGAAGAUUGAUUUAUACGAAAAAGAUCAGCUGGUUGAUACUUAUACUCAGCCCUUUGGAGUAAGAGAACUAACCUUUGAUGAUACGUCCUUCAAGAUAAACGGAAAAAAUGUCUAUAUUAGAGGUUUUGGCAAACACGAAGAUUCGGACAUAAGAGGCAAAGGUUUUGACCUGGCUUUGGUCUUAAGAGACUACAAUCUCUUAAAAUGGAUCGGAGCCAACGCCUUUCGAACUUCCCACUACCCCUACGCAGAGGAAAUUAUGGACUUAGCCGAUCAGUUGGGAAUUAUGGUCAUCGAUGAAGUUCCGGCUAUCAAUUUAGAUGACUACAAUGAUGAACUUUUGGAAAAUCACAAGAGGUCUUUAACAGAUUUGUAUCACAGGGAUAAAAAUCGUCCGUCAGUUAUAAUGUGGUCGGUUGCGAAUGAACCCAGGUCACAAAAGGACGAAGCUACCGACUAUUUUAGGCACGUUGUUGCUCAUAUAAAGUCCUUUGACAAAACCAGGCCGGUGACCGUUUGUAACAUGUACACCUAUAACGAAGAUCAUUCCGGGCAGUUUCUUGAUAUCCUAAGUGUCAAUCGGUAUUAUGCUUGGUACAACAACGUGGCAGAAUUAGACGGUAUUUACAAAAGAUUGAUUGACGAAUGUAGAAGCUGGAACAAAUUACAUAACAAGCCCGUGUUAAUAUCCGAAUACGGGGCGGACUCUGAAGAGGGACUUCAUAUCCUACCGACGUACAUUUGGUCGGAGGAAUUUCAAAACGAUCUGAUGGCUCAGCACUUCCGAGCUUUUGACGAAAUGCGAAACGAGGGAUGGUUUAUAGGUGAAAUGAUCUGGAACUUCGCUGAUUUUAAAACCGACCAGGAGAUUAGGCGAGUUGGAGGAAACAAAAAGGGGGUAUUUACUAGAAACCGUCAGCCAAAAUCCUCUGCCUUUCUCCUGCGGAAGAGGUACUGGGCACUUGCUCAAGCGAUAGACAAUGUUACCGCCCCAUCUGAUAUUCAGGAAUAUGUUAUAGAUGAUGUUUCUAGCAAAAUGUCCCGAGAUGAAUUUUAGUAUUUUACCAUAACUGCAAAUAAAGUUAUAAUUGGUUUCUUUCAAAUGAAUGAAAUUAAAGUUUUGUGAAAAUAUCCUCAGUUAUUAUUGCAUUUGCAUCACAUAUUUUUUGAGCAACUAACUGAGCAAUUAUCCAUUUGAA